AUGUCAGUCAGUAUUCGAAAUGUCCAUGGAAGGGCACGUGGCACAUGUGUACAUGUACUGUUGCUCCUUGACUUCACCGAUACCCUUUUCGAGUACCACGCUGCCAGUGGUAAGUACAUCGUCCACGGCGGGGAGGUCCAUCCUGGCUCCGCUUCGUCCACAGCGUGCAAGCUCCCGGCUGGGCACCGACGACUGGGACGGCUCACGACGCACGACGCACGACGCACGACUCAGCACUCCCGACUCCACGACUCCAUUUGUUUAUUUCGCCAUAUCCUCCUCGCAUUUGCAAUCGAGCAUCCUCGCGCCCUGCCCUACCAGCACAAGUCCUCCGACGCCAGCAAUUCUAUCCUCGUGAGUUUCAUCGUAUCGUCCGCCCAUGGUGCAUCCGCACCGCCUGCCUUCGAGGCUGACCUCGCCACCGUCGCAGCGCCUCCGGACUCGGGCCCGCGAGUUGCUCAAUAUUAUCCCCCUCCCCCUCCGCCGCCUCCUCCACCACAGCAGCAGGAGGAACUGCAUGCGCCCUCGGCAACGGCUUCGCUGUCCGCCACCGUCCAGAAUCAAUAUCCACCCCCGCCGACGUCACCCCCGACCGACAGUAGGCAGUCCUGCGGCCCGGUCCCUCAGGCCUCGCCUCAGCAGCCCGUCAACUACCCUCUUCCUCCUACCCAGGAUGCAGCAUCGCCUCAACUUCCCCAACCGAUUCCCCAGCAAGCGUCCCGGCAGUGUCUGCCACCGGCUGCUUCGCCGCCACCACCACCACCACCACCACCGCAGCAGCAGCAGGCAUGUGAUUCACAGCACAUCUCGGCGGGGGCGAACCCUGUUGUGACGCGGCCUCUCGAACGUCGGCAGUCGACUCCCCUGCAAACGUCUCAGAACUACCCACCACCACCUUCCUCGCCGCCGCCGCCGCCGCACGAGCAAGCGUAUCAUCCGCAGCAGAUAAUCAGCGCGGCGAGUUCGACCAUGUCGCCGCAUGCCGAAUCGUCCCAGGAGGCUCCCCGGCUGACGCCCGAGCAAACGGCUCAGUACUUCCCGCCGCCGCCUGCUUCGCCGCCGCCGCAACAGCAAGCGCAUGAUCCGCGGCAGGUGCCGAUGUCGAUGCGACCUAUUGUGCUGCCGCAUGCCCAACCUCCCCGGCUUCCGUCCCAGCCGCAGUCCGGGCUGUCGCAGGUGCCGCCGCGCUUCGACCCCCCUCCCCCGCCGUUUGCCGAGACUGGUGCGUAUCAUGAGCCGGCGGAGAAGUUGGGGCAUCUCGAGCCACAGGUGGACGGCAGAGAUGCCGCCAAUCUGAUUGCACAUGCCGGCGAGCCGAUCGCCAGUCACUUCGUCGGAGCCGGCGCCGUCGUGGAUGAUGUGGGCACCUUCAACGGAGGCAGUUAUCGAAUCAGCCACCGAGACACCAACACCAUCUUGACCGUCCAGCUGGCCAUCGGUUGCCCUUUCGACGCGAAGCCAGGUAAGCCGUUUUGUGUACCGCGUGCCUUCCUUUUCCGCACCGAGACGUCCGGUACGUGCGUGCGUCGUGGGCUAACCAGAGGGCCCUUCCUGUCGGCAGGCUCCAUGAUUGCCAUGUCGCCCACAAUCACCCUUCACGGCCAGGUAAAGUUCAGCAUCAAGAAGAUGGUGGCCGGCGCCAAUCUCACCUCGUCGAGGUACGUUGGCCCCGGCGAGCUGUUGCUCGCACCCCCCAUGCUUGGUGACAUCACGAGCAUCAGACUGUCGCGCGGCGAAGCCUGGAAGGUCGGACAUGACGCGUACCUUGCCUCGACCCAGGGCAUCGUCAAAGAACACAAACGCCAGGGCCUUGGCAAGGCCAUCUUCAGCGGCGAGGGCCUCUUCGUCUACAAGUUUAGCGGCGAGGGCCUCUUGUGGAUCACAAGUUUCGGAGCCAUCAUUCGGAAAGAUCUGGCCGAGGGCGAAAAGUACGCCGUGGACAACGGCCACCUGGUAGCCUGGAACGCAAAAUAUGUGCUCGAGAGAAUCGCUUCGGGUGGCAUCAUCUCCAACUUCGCCGCGGCCGAAGGUCUGGUCUGCAAAUUUACCGGCCCCGGCACCGUCUUCAUCCAAACGCGAAACGCGAAAGCUUUCACCGCCUACAUGGGCGGACAUGCACUUUCGUCGUAG